GAAAAAGAAAAUAUCAAGAUGAGUAAAAAGCCUCCAAAUCGUCCUGGAAUCACGUUUGAGAUUGGUGCUCGCUUGGAGGCACUGGACUAUUUACAAAAAUGGUAUCCAUCUCGUAUUGAGAAGAUGGAUUAUGAAGAGGGGAAGAUGUUGGUCCAUUUUGAACGUUGGAGUCAUCGCUACGACGAGUGGAUUUACUGGGACAGCAAUAGGUUGCGACCCUUGGAGCGACCAGCAUUAAGGAAAGAAGGGCUGAAAGACGAUGAAGAAUUUGUUGAUUUUAAACCUGGAGAAGAAGUCCUAGCUCGUUGGACAGACUGUCGAUAUUACCCUGCAAAGAUUGAAGCAAUUAAUAAAGAGGGAACAUUCACAGUUCAAUUCUAUGAUGGUGUUAUUCGAUGUCUUAAGAGGAUGCAUAUUAAAUCUAUGCCAGAGGAUGCAAAAGGACAGGAUUGGAUAGCUUUGGUCAAAGCUGCUGCAGCAGCAGCAGCCAAGAACAAAGCGGGAACUAAACCUAGAACCAGCGCAAACAGCAAUAAAGAUAAAGAGGACAGAAAAUGGCUAAAAGUUCCUUCAAAAAAGGAAGAAACCUCAACCUCUACAAUCAUGGAGGAAGUCCAAAAAAAGGAAGAGGAGCCUACAUCUAGUGACACAUUUGGAUUUCCUGUAGUGGAUGUUCCAAAGAUGGCCUUUGUGCAGGCAGAGAGCACAUUAUCACAGAAGAGGAAAAGUAAUCUAGGCAACUCAUUUCAGGCAAAGAGAGCUCGUCUUAACAAGAUCACUGGUUUAUUGGCAUCCAAAGCUGUUGUUGCGGAUGGUGCUGAAAAAAAGGAAGGCAACAAAGAAACAGCUCCAGUCCUGGAGCAGGAGAUUUCACCUAAACCACAAAGUCAGAAAAAAAAUGAAGCUGAUAUUAGCAGUUCUGCCAACAUUCAGAAACCUGCACUGUUAUCCUCAACUUUGUCUUCAGGAAAGGCUCGCAGCAAGAAAUGCAAACAAGAAUCUGGAGAUUCUUCUGGGUGUAUAAAGCCCCCUAAAUCACCACUUUCCCCAGAAUUAAUACAAGUCGAGGAUUUGACGCUGGUCUCUCAGCUUCCUUCUUCUGUGAUAAAUAAAACUAGUCCAUCACAGCCAGUGAAUUCCCCUAGAUCCUACAAACAUAGCCAACGGAGGAGAAGAUCACAGCGUUUAGCCACUUGCUCCUUGCCUGAUGAUUCUGUAGAAAAAGUUUCUUCUCCCUCUUCAGUUACUGAUGGAAAAGUGUUCUCCAUCAGUGGUCAAAACCAGCAGUCAUCAAAAUUGGAGGUACCUGAUGUUGCUCAUAUGUCACUUGAGAAGCGUGGACCGUGUCUCCCUCUUGAUUUAAGCCGUAGUUCGGAAGUUACAGCACUAUUAUCCGCUGAAUCCACUUUCCGUAAUGAAUAUCCCAGUAAAGACAAGGAAGAUAUUCAGAUGAUUACAUAUCUUUCUUCCAAAGCAGUAACUGAUGGAAGAGUAGCUACAACAGCGUCAGGUGCAGCAAGAAUGGAAAGAAAAGGAAAACUCGAAGAGAAAAGUUCUUCAACAUAUGGUAAAAAGAAAGAAAAGGAAAAGGACAAAAAAGAGAAAAAGGAGAAAGAUCAUAAAUCAAAACAGAAAAAGAAGAAGAAAAAAAAGAAGAAAUCUAAACAGCAUGAUUAUUCAGAUUAUGAAGAUAGUUCUGUUGAAUUCUUGGACAGGUGCUCCUCUCCGUUAACACGGUCCUCGGGGAGCUCUCUGACUUUGCGGAGCAUGUUCUCAGAGAAGAAUACAUCGUACCAGUAUCCACGAGCUAUCCUGUCUGUUGACCUUAGUGGAGAAAACCUUUCAGAUGUGGAGUUCUUGGAUGAUUCCUCUACGGAGAGUUUGUUACUUAGUGGUGACGAGUACAAUCAGGAUUUUGAUUCAACUAAUUUUGAAGAGUCUCAGGAUGAAGAUGAUGCUCUCAAUGAAAUUGUUAGAUGCAUUUGUGAACUGGAUGAAGAAAAUGGCUUCAUGAUUCAGUGUGAAGAGUGCUUGUGUUGGCAGCACAGUGUGUGCAUGGGACUGUUAGAGGACAGCAUUCCCGAGCAGUACAUCUGUUAUAUCUGCAGAGAUCCACCAGGUCAGAGGUGGAGUGCCAAAUAUCUUUAUGACAAAGACUGGCUAAACAAUGGACACAUGUGUGGAUUAUCAUUUUUGAAAGAGAACUACUCUCAUCUUAAUUCCAAAAAGAUUGUGUCAACGCAUCACCUACUGGCAGAUGUAUAUGGUGUAACUGAAAUACUGCACGGACUGCAGCUGAAGAUUGGGAUACUGAAAAAUAAGCAUCAUCCAGACCUUCAUCUCUGGGCUUAUUCAGGGAUGCGAAAAGAACAAGAACAAAUAACUGUUGGGGUAGAGAAAAGAUUAGUGACUUUGCCGGAUGCUGUGAAUCCAUCUGAAAGGACGUGUCACAGUCAUAACCAUAGAGUGCCACCCAGUGUACCCCAGAAGAUGGAAGAAACGUACAUCACAAGUGAGCACAGUUACCAAAAACCACAGAGUUUUGGUCCAGACUGCAAAGCAGUCACAGACCCUAUGAGCUCAGAUGAUGAAGAUACGAGUAGUUUUGAGGAAGAUCAGGAAUUUCACACAGAAAGUAAAAACUGUUUACAAUAUUCUUUUAGAGAUGAUGGCAUGAAUGAGCAGAAUUCUGCUGAAGGAAACACUGUGUUUGUUUGUAACGAAAGAAGAGGCUCCGAAGAACAAGUGGACACACAUCUUCAAUGGCAGCUAAAUCUCCUUACUCAUAUAGAGAAUGUACAAAACGAAGUCACCAGCAGGAUGGACCUGAUUGAAAAAGAAGUUGAUGUGCUAGAAAGUUGGCUUGACUUCACUGGAGAAUUGGAACCACCAGAUCCUCUGGCAAGAUUGCCUCAGCUCAAGCGACGUAUCAAACAGCUCUUAAUUGACAUGGGAAAAGUACAGCAAAUAGCUACGCUUUGCUCUGUAUGACAAAAGGAAGAAUAAAGGAAGAAAAAUAGGUUAUUUACAGUGAAUUUUCUUACUAGCCGCAAGACUGACAGGAAGACAGCAAAAAGCUGAGCAUAUAUCUGGUUCUUUGCUGAUUGCAUUAAUAGCCUGAAGCUUUAGAGAGAGGAGAGGCGAUCUAGAGUAAGGAAUGUGUUUGUACUGAAAACCUGAAUAUUCAGUUUCCAAGCUUCAAAAU